AUGGGCAUAAUACUUUUUCUGAUAGACACUUCGGCGUCUAUGUCUCAACGGACAUUCUUGGGUACUACACUCAUCGACAUCGGCAAAGGUGCCGUUGAAACGUUUAUUAAGGUAUGUUUUAAACCCUUUCGGCAGUUGUAAGGCUAGGGGGAUAAACUAAAAUUCAUUCUGAGUUAAUAUUUCUUUUAAACAGUUAAGGCAAAGGGACCAAGGAAGCCGAACAGAUCGAUAUAUGUUGAUGACGUCGGACGAAGUGGGCGCCAUUAAG